UGACAUUCAGUCACUUGCCUUCGAAGGUUCAACACCGUGAGAGCUCUUGGCUGCUAACUUGAUCAAGCUGAGUUUACAACUACCGAAUUCUCCAUUGGCCUUUUAACACUAUCUCUGGUGACGUCAUGGAUUUUGGAUGGUCUUCAUCAAGUUCUGGAGGCGGCCGGAGACGAAGCGCUUCGCCAGUCUCUGAUGAGGAGAGGGAUAGAGACUUUGGUACAGGAAGACGAUCGAAAGCUGAACCCUGGGAAAAAGGUGUAAGCGGAAAACAGAACAAGACAUUCGUCGAUGGGACCAAUAGGAAUCGUUCGGUCGCGUACAUCUUCACCGACAGCCAGCUGAGACCUGUGGUGCAAGGUGAGGUAGAGCUGCCGCCAGGCCCUGUCCAUAUGAUCAUCAACAGCACUCCAGGUGGGACCUGUCGACACGUCGAAGAGGAGCUCCUGGAAUUCCGUUGGGAGCUCGAACCCGACGUCGUUCUGGUUGCCGCAGGGACCAACAACAUUGGCUUCGGCUCCAAGAGCUUGGGCGUUGCUUGCAAGCAGUUCCGUGGUCUUUUGAGAUCUGCUCGUCGUAUGACACCCUUAGUUCUCGCCAGCAGCAUCGCUCCCCGUCUCGACAGGAAAGGACGCCUCGUCGACGAGUACAACGACGCUUUCUACAAGAUCUGCAAUGAGGAGGGGGCGACCUGGCUCGACAUCACCGACUCCUUCCCGAUGACCGAGAGGAUACUGUGGGCCCGUGACGGACUCCACAUCAGCGAAUGCACCGGUCUUCCUCGGCUUCUGAGGGUGUGGCAUCGCAGGAUGGUGGCGACUAUGUGGCCCGGUGGUUCGUGAGUCGACCCGCCUGCAGGACGCAAUCGAUCUGCAACACAAAGAGAAGUAUCAGUUUUUAUCUAAUUAUUGUAUUCAGUCAAUUAAAAUAUUUGAUCAAGAAAUUUGCAAUAAAUCAAAUAAAUUUUUGUGGUAUACAGUGCGUCCCACAAAAAAACGAAACCGAGAUUUAUCGAUGAUUUAUCAUACCUUAAUCACAAAUACAAUAAACAAAUGACCUACCAUUGUAAAGCUUAGAAUCUCCUCUUUCAUCUGAAAUUACUUAGAUUAUUUCUCAUUCACGCAUGAGUGAGCAAAAACAAUUUGAAGAGGGGAUACCAAAAAGUCAUUUGGCGGGCUGUAUCUGGGUUUCAAAAAGAAAACCACAUUUGUAAAUAGUUCAAUAUCUGCUCUUUAAUUUGAUACCUCAAUUACAGAAAAUGGUCAAGAAAUAACAAAGUUCUGGUUAUUUGAAAUAAGGCUUGAAUUUCAAUACUUUCAUAAAAUGAAGAGGUUUUACAGGCUAGCGUUCAAACUCACUCGACGCUCCGUUUUGUUGACGAUCAGCCAUGCAUAAAGUCUUUUGUUAACCAUGCGAUAGCUUCUGUGGGAAACCGGUGAAAACACGUUUAUUUCAUGAAAUUAUGGAAAUACAAGCAUUAUUUCGAGGGAACAUAACUUUCUUACUUCUUGACCAUUUUUGUGAUUAAGGUAUCAAAUAAAACAGCAGAUAUUGAACUUUUUGGGCAUGUGAUUUUCUUUUUGAAAUUCAGAUACCCCCGCCAAAUUAGUUUUUGGUAUCCUUUCUUCAAAUUAUUUUUGCUCACUUAUGCGUGAAUGAGGAAUAAUCUAAAUAAUAUCAGAUGAAAGAGGAGAUUCUAAGCUUUAUUUUGGUAGGUCAUUUGUCUAUUGUAUUUGUGAUUAAGUUAUGAUAAAUCAUCGCUUGAUCUCGGUUUCGUUUUUUCUGGGACGCACUGUAUAAGUAAAAAAAAUCAUGUGUAUUUUUAAAUUAUUUGCAUAUCGAUGUUUAUUUCGAUAUUUGUAUCAAAUUAAGUAGUGAUAUCUAAUCGAUGUUUGCUGCGUUAUAAAUUCAACAACAAAAAAGAUGGAUGAAUGUCAGUCGAAUUCAUGCAUUUCUAAUAAGAAUUAUCGUAUAUGUUUAGCGCUUAUGACGUGUAUGAUCAGAAAAUAAUUUGUAAACAUGUUUGUAACAAUAUUUCUGUAUUUUAUCUUCUAGAUCGUACUCGUUCUUUCCUGAAGCAGUUUUCUUUCAUGUAUUCGUGUGUUGUUUGUACUGUUCGUCUACAUUCCGUUUUUGUUUAUUUGUUGGCGGUAUGGUGGGGGUUGAAAGACAUGACAAUUUAAAUCAUGACCUGGGUCCCGUAACACAAAGGUUAGCGAUUGAUCGUACGCAUGAUUUUUACGAUCGAUUGUACAUUGUAGUCAAUGGAAUCAAUCGUAGAAAAAUGUUCUUCGAUCAUUGCUAAGCCUUGUGUUACGGGCCCCUGAAGUCUGUCUUCAUCCUCCGCAAGUCAAGUCCCUGGCUCCUCGUGCCACCGCUUGUUUCGACAGAACGGGACCUCUGGCUCGGGGUAUCCGAAAUUUCGAUUACCCUAGAGUAUUUUAAAAUUUGUGUUAUUUUUGUUUACCUUUAUUAAGAGUCUGUAUAUUGAGGACGGACAAAAACAACAUUACGAAUGCUGUUGGGAAAAGGGUGUAUCUGGAUAAAAAUAUUUUUUUAUCUGGAAGUCACGUCGUGUCGAAGACAGCUAAUUUAAUCCCCUCUUAGCCCAACACGCAAUAGCGCCAUCAUGCGAGUUUUUUCCUGAUUAUUAUAUUAGGAGGAGGGAUGGGGCCAAUAAAAUCUUAUGCAUCUUAAGCAUCGUUUUAAAUAAUAAUAUUUAAAACCUUGUUCUUUACCACCUCAAAGUUUGUCAGAGGUUUGUUAGACAAAAUCAAUAACCGAACAAUGAUAAUAUGCAACAGUGUUUUCAAUUAUUUUAUAAAGAAAUAGCUCGUCAGUAUAUAGGCCCGGAACUCAUAACUCUGAGUUAGUGGCGGACAGAUAGGGGGGGGGGGGGGGGGUGCCCCCAUGAAAAAAGGGGAGAAAGAGAGAAGGGUGAAGUAUGAUAUUAUUUUCUAAAUAUUAUAUGUGCGUAACUACGGGGGGGCAUGGGGGACACGUGCCCCCCCCCCCCCCCCCAAAAAAAAAAAAAAAAAAAAAAAAAAAAACGGGGAAAAGAAGAAAACGAGGGAGAAAGGAAGAAAAACGAAGUGGGAAAGAAGAACUUCUUAUUCAUUAUAAUGUUAUAAUUAUGUUAUGUUAUAUUACAUAAGAAACAUUUUUAUCAUAACUUUAUAAAACAUAAUUUUCUUAGGGCCUAUGUCUUCACUGUUCCUGGUGCUUGCAUUGUCUGUUUAAUGAGAUAUAUAAUCCUGUUUAAAAAAAACUCCCGUAUUCAAGUCAAUAUACACCAAAUACAUUUCCUUGCACUUCGAGUUAUGAUUGUUUUAUGUAGUGACAUAUGCUUCUUUUUCAUGACUACUUAAAGUGAUUGCCCCAUGUUAAGGUGUUGAUAUAAAACAUUCCCUGUCCGUGAUUACGUUCGCAUUAGCGGAAUGGUGAGAUAUGUCUGCUCUCUAUGAAUACGGAUCAGUCCUUAAAAUGUCCUUUUUCUGAUGUGAAUAUCAAAAAAUUUCAGCUCGCGCUUCGCGCCCGCAUCAUUUGGAUAAUGAAAUAUGUAUGGUCUUCGUGAAUUCCUACAAACAUGCCUUAAAAUGCCCCUCUUCAGGUCUGAAUUAUCUAAAUUUUCAGCUCGCGCUUCGCGCUCUCAACGUUUGAUUAGUGAUAUGCGUAUGAUAUUCAUGAUUACAAUGACUAAAAGUGCUUCAUGUGUUAAGUAAUUCUAACAAAAUCAGUAAGCGCUUGGCACUCGCAUUAGAUGCCUAUAUUGUGAGAUGUGUAUACCCUUAAUGGAUUCCUACAAUAUAGUCCUUAAAAUAUCCCUGUUUGGGGUCAAUAUCUACAAAAAUUUCAGCUCGCGCAUUGCGCUCGCAUUGUUUAGCGAGACAAGUACUUAUCAUGAUUACAAAAAUUUGAUCAUAAUGUCCCUUUUUAGGUAUGAAUAUCAAAAAUUUUCAGCUCGCGCUUCGCGCUCGCAUUAUUUGAUCAGUGAGACACAUAUCCGUUUAAUGGCAUUGUCUUUAAAAUAUCUCUAUUAGGUCAGUAUACCUGGCAAGUGACUCAAAUUUUUUGCUGGUACACCCCCCCCCCCAU